AUGGGUAAAUCUUCAAACCUUGUACGUAAAAAUAAAUACAUUCGUUAUAGACAACAACGAAAAUCAAAUAAAAUUUCUUAUCAAAACGAAAUAAAAAAAAAGGAAGAAGAAAUCGGGGACUUACAAGUAAAAGUCCAAGAACUUGAAAAAUUUAUCACCGAAGCCGGAGAAACGGUCAUGAGGGAAAUGACCAAAAAAGAAAACGAGCAAACCAAUCUAUUAAAAUGGAUUGAAGUAUACACAAACCAGAUCAAGAAUCUUGAAAAUGAUCUGUAUACACUUAGAUUGAGGUCUUAUACCCAAUCUACACAUUCAUCCCAAACACAACAUUCUUUUUCACCAUCACAAUCCUCACAACCUUCACAACCUUCACAAUCCCUACAACCAUUACACCCGUCACCCCCGCAAUUUCAAAGUUUGGAUGAAUAUUUCAAAUACGAAAAUACACAAAAAGCCAAAGCUCAUAUUUAG